AUGGGAAAUGUAGAGUCAUAUAUAUCAGAUGAAUUUAAAAGAGUUAAUAAAUCAAAUAAUGGUUAUAUUGUAUUAGAUCAAUUAUUAGAGAUGCAACCACCAAGAGAAUGUACAAUAGAUACUAAUCAUUUAGGUACUCUAUUUGCAAUAGAUAGGCGACUGACAGGACGGUUCUAUGAAAAGGAUAUAAUAGAGUUUGCUCGGAUCUAUGCAUCACAUCUCUUUCAACAGCAACAAGGUGGUGGUAGUAAAGAUGACUUUCAUUCAAAGUUUCAAGCAUACUGUACGCUAAAGAUGUGGAAUGAAAUAUCAAAACCAGAGAAUGGUACAGAGAUGUUUGUCGAAUGGUUCACUAAACUAUUUACAGAGAAUCCAAGCUACUCCCAAUCCUUUUCACGUCAUCCAGAUAUCAUAUUUCUCACAAGUGAUGCUGUAAACAAAAUGUAUCAUAUACUAUCAAUUAAAAACUAUUAUGGAGGUGAUUUUAGAAGUUUUUUCGAUCUAAUGCAAAGAACUGCAGAGGAACAAGGUACGAUGAAGUUGGAUGAAGACCUUGAUGAUCUAGUUCCACUUCCAGUACUAAAAUUAUUUUCAAAAGAGUUUAUAAAUGGUUUUGUUAAAUUAAUGAUCAAUCCAAUCACUAUCCUAUCACUAUCACUAUAUAUGUAUGAAUUGGGAUUUCAACCAGAUAUGCCAAUCGAAUAG